CAAUGCACAGAGGAAGCCCCUCUCUCUGUAGGAACCUGUCAGCUAUGUGCACCGAGAGAUGAUACGGCGGGAUUUGGUGUAAAUGUUACAUCGAGGCAAUAGGCCAGGCAGGAAAUUGGGAGUACGGCUGAAACAUAAGGCUUUGUUACCGAGCAGCUCGCCAGCUUGUGUGUGAGUGUGUGUGUGUGUGUGAGGGAGAAAGGGAGUGUGUGUGUGCUCGAAGUGCCUAUGGCGGAGUUUGGGGAGGACGGCAGCCUGCCUCCAUUGAAUCCCGGGGAUACAGCCGUGCCCAGCGACAAGGCAGCUGGUAAGACGCAUUGCGAAGGGUCGGUCUUGAAUGGAGACUGUGGGAUAUCUGAAAAUAUGGUCGGCUCGGGAUCCCUCGUCGCACCUGGCAGCCAAACCGGGAUGGACAACGCCAACACCUCUGCCGGUCUGGAUACCAAAUCCGAGAUCCCACGCAGGAGCAGCAUUAUCAAGGAUGGAAAACAGCGCAAAGAAAGAAAGAAGACUGUGUCAUUCAGUAGCAUGCCCACUGAGAGGAAGAUCAGUAGUGCAAGUGAUUGCAUCAGUACCAUGGUGGAUGGCUCUGAGCUCAAAAAAGUGCGAUCCAAUUCGCGCAUCUACCACCGCUACUUUCUCCUCGAUGCCGACAUGCAGUCUUUGAGAUGGGAGCCGUCGAAGAAGGAAUCAGAAAAGGCAAAAAUCGAUGUAAAAUCCAUCAAAGAGGUUCGGACAGGCAAAAACACGGAUACUUUUAGAACUAAUGGAACCUAUGAUCAGAUAUCAGAGGACUGUGCUUUCUCAAUCAUCUUUGGGGACAACUAUGAGUCCCUAGACUUGGUGGCAAACACUGCAGAUGUAGCCAACACAUGGGUUACAGGGCUGAGGUACCUGAUAUCCUACGGGAAACAUACCUUAAAUAUGAUCGAGAGCAGUCAGAACAACAUGCGCUCGUCUUGGUUAGGUGAUCUUUUUGAUGAGGAGGAUUCUACCAACAGCAAGCAAAUUUCUAUAUGCACUGCUGUGCAGCUAGUCAAAAAUUUGAAUCCAGGACUCAAAAAUGUGAAAAUAGAACUGAAAUUCAAGGAGCUUCAUAAAGCUAAGGACAAAUCAGGUUCGGAAGUGACACAAGAGGAGUUCAUCGAGGUCUUUCAUGAUCUUUGCACCAGACCAGAAAUAUAUUUUCUCUUUGUUCAGUUCUCCAGUAAUAAAGAAUUUCUUGAUACCAAGGACUUAAUGAUAUUUCUGGAGGCAGAACAGGGAAUGGCGCAAGUCAGUGAAGAGACCAGUUUUGAGGUCAUUCAGAAAUAUGAGCCCUCUAAAGAGGGCCAGCUCAAAGGUUGGCUUUCUUUGGAUGGCUUCUCCAACUAUCUUAUGUCUUCAGAGUGCCAUAUAUUUGACCCUGAACAUAAAUCAGUCUGCCAAGACAUGAACCAACCCUUGUCCCACUACUACAUCAAUGCAUCCCACAACACCUACCUGAUAGAAGAUCAGUUCAGAGGUCCCUCUGAUGUGACAGGGUAUAUCCGUGCUCUGAAGAUGGGCUGCCGCAGUGUCGAGCUGGAUGUGUGGGACGGGCCUGAUAAUGAACCUGUAAUUUACACUGGUCACACAAUGACCUCGCAGAUAGUUUUUCGCAGCGUCAUUGAUGUCAUUAACAAGUAUGCCUUUGUUGCCUCUGAGUUUCCACUGCUACUGUGCUUAGAAAACCACUGCUCCUUGAAGCAACAGAGAGUCAUGUUCCAGCACCUAAAGAAGAUCCUCGGAGACAAGCUCCAUGUUGAUCCUCCAAAGCCUGAGGACUGUUACCUUCCUUCUCCUAAUGAACUGAAAGGGAAGAUCCUACUGAAGGGUAAGAAACUGAGCACGAACUGCACCGCUUCAGAAGGUGAGGUGACAGAUGAGGACGAGGGGGCAGAGAUGUCUCAGAGGAUGAGCAUCGAGACUGCCGAACAACAGACUGUCGCACCCAAGAAAUUCCAGCUGUCAAAGGACCUCUCUGACCUGGUGACCUUGUGUAAGUCUGUGGAGUUCAAAGACUUCCCAACAUCGUUCCAGAAACAGAAGCAUUGGGAGCUCUGCUCUUUCAACGAAGUCUUUGCCAGUCGCUGUGCCAGUGACUUCCCAGGUGACUUUGUUAACUAUAACAAGAAAUUCCUAGCACGGGUUUACCCUAGCCCCAUGCGGAUUGACUCCAGUAACAUGAAUCCGCAAGAUUUCUGGAAGUGUGGCUGCCAGAUCGUGGCAAUGAACUACCAGACCCCUGGCCUGAUGAUGGACUUAAACAUUGGCUGGUUCCGUCAGAACGGGAACUGUGGCUACGUGCUGCGUCCAGCCAUCAUGAGGGAGCAGGUUUCAUAUUUCAGUGCCAACACUAAAGAUUCAGUGCCUGGUGUUUCUCCACAGCUCUUGCACAUCAAGAUCAUCAGUGGACAAAACUUCCCCAAACCCAAAGGCUCAGGUGCCAAAGGAGAUGUAGUAGAUCCCUACGUGUAUGUAGAAAUACACGGCAUUCCCGCUGACUGCGCUGAGCAAAGGACUAAAACGGUCAACCAGAACGGGGACAACCCUCUGUUUGACGAGAGCUUUGAGUUUCAAAUAAACCUCCCUGAACUCGCAAUGGUGCGCUUCGUAGUACUGGAUGAUGACUAUAUUGGCGACGAGUUUAUCGGCCAGUACACAAUCCCCUUCGAGUGUCUGCAGCCAGGUUUCCGCCAUGUACCGUUGCAGUCUUUGACAGGGGAAGUCCUGCCACAUACCUUGUUGUUUGUUCACGUGGCAAUAACCAAUCGAAGAGGAGGCGGCAAACCUCACAAAAGGGGCCUCUCUGUGCGCAAAGGCAAGAGGAGCAGAGAGUAUGCGAGCAUGAGGGUGCUAUUGAUCAAGGCUCUGGAUGAUGUCUUUAAAACAGCCGUCCAGCCACUGAGAGAGGCAACAGACCUCAGAGAAAACAUGCAGAACGCCAUAGUGUCCUUUAAAGAGCUGUGCGGCCUUUCAGCAGUGGCUAAUCUGAAGCAGUGCAUCUUGGCCCUUUCCCCUCGACUGACAGGACCUGACAACAGUCCCCUUCUGGUGUUCAACCUCAACGAUCAGUACCCCAACUUAGAGCCCCAAGGCCUGCUACCGGAGGUCCUCAAGAAAGUCGUUACCACAUAUGACAUGGUGAUCCAGACCAGCAAGGCGCUGCUGGAGAGCUCUGAGGGGGUGUACGAGAGAAUCCUACAAACCCAAAAAGCAGCAAUGGAAUUUCAUGAGAACCUCCACGACUUGGCUGUGAAGGAGGGGCUGAAGGGCAGAAAGCUGCACAAGGCCGUGGAGAGCUUCACGUGGAACAUCACCAUCCUGAAGGGUCAGGCGGAUCUACUGAAGCACGCCCGAAGUGAAGUCCAGGAGAACCUCAAGCAGAUCCAUUAUGCUGCGCUCACCUGUAACCUGACUAAAGGCGGUGCGGCGAGCAGUUCCUCGGGCUCCUCCGAGUCCAGGAGCAGACGCAGCCUCGAGGCCAUCCCCGAGAAGGCCACCGCAGAGGAGGAGCUCACGGACGAGGACAACUAAAGGCCCACAGAGUCGGCACCCACGUUCAGACUUCUCUGUUCCUGCCUCCUGAGCUCAAAACCCAAAGCUUUCUUUCCUUCACCACUCUGUGUCUUUACCCAGGCACCACUGCUCUGCACACUCGUGUUUCUUCACAUUCCAUCACAUACAUUCCUGUAUCCCAAGCACAGCUGUAACCUCUCAAACUUCUGCCUUCUAAUCAUCAGUAAAAUGCCAGGCACACGCUCAGUUCGCCCAACGGUUUCACUGCAGAUUUAUUCACGUCUAGAACACUCUGGUAAAUCACUAAUGCAGCAUUCGCUCCACAUCUGAUGCCACCAAAACCUUUCCCAGUCAUGAAACUCAACUCUCUACAUCCUCCACCCCCGCUGCAGAAGUUUGCAGCCAUUCCUCUGACCCUGAAGCUCUUCUCACGGGUGAACCAGGAGAGCUGAGUGAACCUUCAGCCACGAGACUGUUUCAGAAUUUCAGCUACUGUUUGGAGACGGUGCACUUCUACUCAGCAGACCAGGCGUUAGGAGAAGAGAUGAAGCAAAAAGGCCUCGGAUUGUUGUAAGAGAUUUCCUAAAGCACAAUUUUCUGGAGUUACAGUAUGAAUGUAACAGGGGGAAUUUGAACAUCAAAGCAAUGGAGAAGUCAAUAAAAUGGUAGACGAACUCGCAGUGAAUGGGAGCAAAGAGCUGUUUACAAUACUGAACUGUCCAUGUUUUUGUCUGCCAAAAUAGUAAACUAUGUGUAUAUAUGGAGUUUUCUGUUACCUUUUUUCUGCAGAGUGCAUCAAUUUAUUAUUGUACACUUGGAAAUAUAAGAUUUAUUUUAUAAAAGAUAUAUGAAUAUGUCUGUGGAAAUACAAAGUCUUAUUUGUGGAUAUCUGGUAACGAGGUUUAUCACGAGGACCCGAGGUCUCCCAGCGGAGAGCUCCAACGCGGCGAGACAGAAGGACGAGAGAAUGUAUUCAUAAAGUUUCUUUGGUGCAAACGACAACAACAAAGUCUCAAAAUUCACAACCAGCAACUGCACGGAGGAAAACAGUGACUGGACGUUAGGACGCACUCGAGAGCAGCUCUCAGUUUAUCACGUUUUAGCGUUUCAUCGGGGAAUAUGGUGUGCUUUUAUUUUUGAAGCAUGGGCCUCCCACACGAGGGUGCUGAAACCUGGAAUAAAAAUGAAAGAUUUCAGAGAAAUCUGUUCUGGCUGAGGAGAAAAGUGAAGCCUCAUCAGCCUGUUUUCAUUGAUUAGAUCCCCGAGGAGCUCAUCUCAGGGUUUCAAAUACUGUUGCUCUGUCAGAUACUGCUGAAGAGACGCGCUUGCGUUGACCUUUGGCCUCGGUGUCUUGGUGCACGGGCCACAGAGACAUAAUGACCCCCUCUAAAAAGCCAAAUGCUUAAAAGUUGAGUAGGUAUGCUCACACUUGGAAGCAUCUUUAUUACGCCGACCCUUUUCACAGAACAACAAAGACCUAAUAAUGAAAAAAGUAUCUGAAGACAAACACUAAUGUUUCAUAAAGCGUGAUAAUCACGGGCCAGUACACAGUUCAGCCGUGUAAGCUUGCAGACUGAUCGCUAAUCGCACCCAAGCUCAGAAUGCUUCCUCAACAGCCGCCUGCAGGAACUAAUGAAAGUACGUAGUACAUGGAAAUUUUAGUUGGGUUCACAUGCUAAAAAAGUACUUCAUUAGUUUUAGGGAAAAGAUGGGUGAGAGUUCAAAUAUGCUCCUGAAAAGUUCAGCUGUGCAUUCAUGAGUCCUCCACAAGCUGAAAGUAAAACCUGUCUCACUAUCGCGGUACGCCGACGUCACAGGACACCUGAGACGGUGGAAGCUUUGAUGAGAACGACAGUAUUUGACACCAUGGGAAUGACGACAGGCUGGGCUCCCUCUGAGUGGGAGGUCACGCACAAAAACAAAGGUCACGGGUUCAGUUUAUACUGCUGAUCAUAUAACAAUGUUUCCCAGAAAUGCUUCAUCUUGCAGCUACUCACAGUUCCCCCGAUCCACUUACUCUUACUCAUCGUCUGAGGAAGAACGGUUUCAGACGGCUGUGUGUGUGAUUAACAGCACUUUGACACCCCUUUGUAAGAACACAAACUCAGGUCUGAAGAGACGGCAGAGAGGGAUCCCAACGUCAAAGUAAUAAUAGCUUCAUAACCAUUCCUGGCGACAGCGUAGCAAUCCAUCCUUUGAUUAGCUGCGCCUCGUUCAUGCUAACGAAAACCAACUGCAAGCACGAAGUGAGAAGCAGCCGCUUUUUAUUUCUUCCUCCAUAAUUGUAUCUAUUUUUUUUAAUUACUGGACAAAGAACACCAGAAAUAAGAAGUAUGUAUAAAAUAUUUGCCCCUGGAAAAAAAAACAACAAAAAAUGCACUUUGACCUUUCAGAACCUUUAGAGAGGACCUAUUAUGCUUUUGUGUUAAAUACACUGUUAAAAUAGUGGAUAUUCAUACUAAAGUUUCAAAUAUUGAGGUCAGCCUGUGUGUAAGUAACACCUGGUGUCUCAACUGUGAGAGCUGAUAUCCCUCAGGUGCACAGAUGACCCACCAUCCUAUUUAAAUCUUUUGUUCGCAAGGGGCAGCCAAUCAGGAGAGAGCCUGCUUAGGAGGCGGGAGUAAGGAGAUAAAGAGGCUUGUUUCAGACAGAUGAUGAAGUGAGGCAUGACGCAGAGGAUUUUUUUUGAACUGUGAAUCAUGCAAAGCUAUUCUGCAAGAGUCCAACAAUAAAAAAUAAGGUCUGAGCAUAAAAGGUCCACCUUAAAGGUCACGUUUUCAUUUUUUGAAUUAAGGAAAAUACAAAUUAAGUCAGUAAAACAACACUUUAGGAUCCAGUCGGAAAUUGAUGUGUGAAACCAAAUUCUGUGCUUAAAGUAAGUUUAGCUGCGACUCUGUUUCCCAGCUCUGUCUUUUACGCUUCAACAAGCAUCACUUGGUUUAUGUAGAAAUAUUUUUUUCCUUUAAAAACGGGGAGGUUUGCCUUUUCCACCUGCACACGAACUCGUCUUUGUGUUCUAAACACGGUUUAACUGUCGUCAGUACAGCUGGACGCAUCAGUGCUUUCACAUUUUCAGGCCUAAAUGUUCGUCUGCAGGUCUUUGUUUUUUUUUAUUUCUUCCUCGUUGCUCAUGAUGUCGUGCUUUUUUAAAUGCAGGUCAUAACUCCACCACAACACAUCUGAAUUUCAGUGCUGUGCCAGUCGACGUAUUUACAGUUGUUGUUGAGAGCAUUUCAGCUGUAUUUCAAGUCUCUUUACCUGUCAAAAGA